CUAACUUUCAUUUCAUACGAUAUAUAACCUCGAAAUGUUUGACAUUACAUCAAAUGAGUAAAUAAAUAACCGACCUGCACCUUCCUAUUUGAAAUUAUAAAUAAAGUAUAAUUAAUAAUGUUACCGCUAUCAUUAUUAAGAACCGCCCAGAACCAUCCCAUGUUGGUGGAACUCAAGAACGGCGAAACAUACAACGGACAUUUAGUUAGUUGCGAUAAUUGGAUGAAUAUAAAUUUAAGGGAAGUAAUUUGCACGUCCCGGGACGGCGACAAGUUUUGGCGGAUGCCCGAAUGCUACAUCCGGGGGAGCACCAUCAAAUAUCUCAGAAUACCAGACGAAGUUAUCGACAUGGUAAAGGAAGAGACACAAGUGAAAUCCCGCGGCCGAGGCGAGAUCUCCAAAGGCCGCGGCGGUCAGAACAUGAGAUCUGGCAGAGGUGGCAGCCGCGGCGCCUUCGGCAACCGUGGAAGAGCGGCGCCUCUGUCGCGCGGAGGAGGCAACGCGGGCCGGCCGCAGAACAAGAAUAAAAAGUAGAGUACUAAGUCUUUCACAUACCUAUUAAAUUAUUUUUAAGCA